CCUACGUCGACCUAGUCGCGAACGAGGAGGGCCAGACGCGGGCGAACCAGUUCCGCGUGAAAUUCCCGCCGGCGAACGGGGACGACGUGAUUGGCUACGAGGUGCAGGCACUGUACAGGUCGGGACCAAGGAACUUGAUCGACAACAGUGUGCAGCAAGAGAAUCUCCUGAAGAAAAUCUCCCGGGUCGUCCCCUCGGAAAAAACUCGCGACAUUCCGCUCUCCUGCGACUACAUGCAGGACGUGUACGAGAAGGUUUCCGUCCGCGGGAUUUCUUCCACGACCGGGUACGGCCGCCCGCAGGUGUUUCGAAAUGUUUCCUGCACUUUGAAACCGGAGGUGUACCCGCCGCGGAUCCGGCAUACGAAGCUGAUCAAGAAC